GUUUGAGACAAUUUUCCAGAAUGGUGAUCUGAUUUUAAUGAAAGAUACCAUUAAGUCGUUAAGACCAGAUUUCAAUGUGGCUGUUCUGGAUACCUGGUGCAGGAUAUUGAAUUUGAGAGAACUGAAUAGAAAACCAGAUAUGCCAUUGAGAUUUUUUGGAUCCUCGUAUUCUAGUAUGAACAGCGUUCCAAUUCCCAAUGAGAAAUGGCAUGUUGAAUCUAAAGCUCGUUUAUUCUGUGAAAGUAUGGCUAAUGAUUUAAGAACAUCAGGAUUUGAUGAUAAACUUGAAGAUAUUGAUAUGGAAGAUGCUAUCAUUAUUUUGGACAAUUCUUCUGUCGGUGGAACCUCCCUUGGAAAAUACCAUUCUCAACAUGUGCAUCUG